AUGGACAAUCCUACUGUCAUGCAGUCGAUGCGCCGUGAAUUUGGGGAGAAGUAUUAUUGGGUCCAGUUAUUGUUCUGUUUCCUUCACGUGCUCAAUACCAUCAUUGGGAAGAUCAGCUCGUUCUCUGAAGUCAAGCCUAUCAUCACCAAAAGUGCCCGGAUUGUCAGCUUCUUCAACAGCUCGCAUUACUGGGGAGGACAGCUGAGAGAGGAGGCAAAGAAGGACAAUGCCACCCAGAAACUCACCACCAAGACUGAAACCUGGUGGUAUUCACUGAUUCAACAGUGCUUAAGCAUUCUCUCCCACAAGUAA